GUGUAUGCACGGGCGUGGCACUGUGGGGUGUUAGAGGAGUCUGAAGGCAAGGGUACUGAGUGCUUAGUGCCUCUCUAGAGAGUACUAGAUUCAGUUACCUGCUACAUGCAGGCUGGAGAGAAGGUGACCUUAGGCAAGCUCAGAGGCUGAGUCACUGGCAAAUUGCUGCCACCUCUGUAGGCUGUGUGAACAUUUAGAAAGGGAACUUAGGAGGGUCUCUAAGUGAAGCCCAGGAGGACAACCCUGAGGACAGAGGGAACACUCUGGAGGCUGGGAACUCAAAACCCAUCUUUGCUAAGAUCCUGAGGCAGGAGUGAGCCCUGGAAGGCAGAGAGCCACUAAGGGGACAGUAUGGUUGGAAUGGACAGAAAAGUUGGGGUCAGGGUCAGAGUGUCCACUAGGGUGAGAUUAAAAAGGAACAUAAAGAAGAGAGCCAGCAAGAGGCCAAGUAAAGGCACUUGCCACAAAGCCUGGCAAGGUGAACUCAGUCUCUGGGUCCUACGAAUUGUCCUCUGGUCUGCGGACAUGCACAUGACCCAUGCAGGCUCUCAUGCACACGAUGAAUAAGUAAAUACAUAAACAUAAUAAGAAAAUUUACAAAGGGACACAAAAAGAACAUGGGCUUAGAAAUCUGUAUUCAGAGGACCUUGGGCAAGAGAGCGAAUGGUUUUACAAGUGAAGGGCUGGGUUUGGGGGGGGGGCACAGGGUGUCUCUUAGGAAGCAGGAUGACUUCUUUCACAGCCCUAAAGUCAGGAAGGAGGAAUUUGUGGUGGGCUUGUGGGGAAGUGGGAGUCCUGCUGAGGCCUACAAAGACCACUGAUGCUGUCUGAACUUCCCCAGUGCCUGGCUUGGGGAAUUUCCACUCAGGGCUCCAGGCUACUUGAAGGUUAGGAUUUGCAGUUGGGAACACAUGACAGGGUCACUGGGUGGAGUCGCCCUUCACCUCACAGGUGGCUGGGCUGCAGGGCCGGGGCAUUGCCAGCUCAGAGUCCUAAGACAGACCUCAGUCUAAACAGAGAACUCAGCUAGGGGGUCAGGCCAACAUUUCUAAGUGCCUCCAAUCUCCCUGGGACUGUCAUCCAUCCCCCUCUUAGGGUGCUGUUGUGAGGGACAAGGAAGCUAGUUGUCAGGGUGACCAGACACAGCAUUACCCAUGCUCUGCCGGUAUACCCACCAGGAUGAUCUUGAGAGGCUGGAGGAGACCCUGUGGUCCAGUCUCAGCCAACAGUGGCUUCUUACAGCAGACUUGCUCUGGACCUGUCAUGGCUGCCAGGACACAAAGACUCUGGGAGGCACUGAGUCCUCAGUUGUCUCCUUGCGCCAUCCCGGCUUGGGGACCUUUCAGCCUCUCAGAGGACCUCAUUACGUGCCGGAACUCUUGCUGAGGCCGCUCAUCCAGUGUGAAGGGAGGAAGUGCCACUGUUCCCAUCCAAGCCCCAGGCAAGGGCAGGCACUCCCUGGCUCCUGUGUACUUCAGACACCUCCAGCAGCUCCUGCCAUGGACAGGUGGUACCUGGGUGGCAGUGCCAAGGGGACAGAGAAUCCCUUCGAGUAUGACUAUGAAACCGUCCGCAAAGGAGGCCUGAUCUUCGCGGGCCUGGCCUUCGUCGUGGGCCUCCUCAUCAUUCUCAAGAAAACAUGGACCCCCGAGCCCCACCCUGUGAUGAUGCUGGAGGAGGGGGCUAAGCCUGGCAGAACUGGCUCUUCCAGGGUCUCCUUGGCGGAAAAAUGGCAUCAAACUUAACCUUCUCUU